GGGGGGCGAGUCUCGCGUACGCGACGACGCGAUCGCAUGAGUACGCGAAGCAUCAUCGUCUUCAAACGUCUAACAUCCUUCUUCGUCUCUUAGGUAUCAACCAUCAUGUCCAUCGUUCGCAACGUCUCCCGCAUCUCCGUCCACCGGGUGUGCGUCCCCGUCAACAGCCUCUUCUCACGCACCAAACACAGCAAGCGUACCUCCGGUCCCCCCCCUACGCCUCUCCCCCGGGCUCCCGACUACGCCUGGGCUCACGCAAUCUUGAGGUCUGACGAAGGCCACAGCGAUACCGCCCGUGUCAAGAUCCUGGACAAAGCCAAACUCGACACCGCUGCUGGCUGGCUCGAACCCCUGCCCCGCUCCAGGCAGCUCCGGCUCUACAGAAAAGCUCGCGCCGGAAUCGAGAAAUACGACGAGGAAAUGCGCGCGUUUAUCGACUCCAUGACGCCCGAGGAAUUGGCCGCCGAGAACGCGCGUCGCGAAGCGCACAAUCUGCAGAAGAUUAUUCCUGAUGGUCCCGCCCACCAACCCGAAGCCGCGCCCGUUUACGAGGGUAAGAAGCCUACGACAUCGUUUAUCCUUUUUUCGAAGGCGGUAAGGACUGACGCGAAGUUGUCUGCGGAGUAUGGUAUUGACAAACACAUGCCCGGCGGCGUGGGCGCUAAACUUCUUGGUGAGGCCUGGCGUAAGCUCAGUGAUGCGGAGAAGGAGCCCUACGUCAAGAUGUAUGCCCAACAGAAAGAGGAGUACGAUGCCGCACACAAGGCCUGGAAGGAAAGCCUCCGAAGAGAGCGGCAGUUAGAAUCAUAGGUAGAUGAGUCCACUGCUACUAGCUUUGCACGAUCGCGAAUGUAGAGGGGAAGGAUCAUUGAGUCAGGAUGACGGUAGGUAUUUAUACCCAACAUAAUUAUACGCAGCUCC